GGAUCUCAGCAAAACCUAGCUUUUCCUCGGAUAUUGACUUCAUGGCCCCUUCUCCCGGAGGGGCUCAGCUCUCUAGCUAUGCCAGCUUUUUGAGCAAAGGGGAUGUGGCAUUGAGCAUUCUCCUAACCAGCUCCACCACCAUUGCUUCAGUGCUUGUUACCCCUCUUUUAACUGGCCUGCUGAUUGGGUCUGUUGUUCCAGUUGAUGCAGUUGCCAUGUCAAAGUCGAUAUUGCAGGUUGUUCUUGUUCCGGUCACUCUUGGUCUUGCUCUCAACACAUAUGCAAAACCGGUUGUGAAUUUACUUCGGCCUGUGAUGCCUCUUGUUGCCAUGGUUUGUACCUCACUGUGUAUUGGGAGCCCUCUUGCAAUAAAUAGGAGCCAAAUUCUGUCUGCGGAGGGUCUCCGUUUGGUUUUCCCGGUAUUGGCAUUUCACACAGUGGCAUUCACUGUGGGAUAUUGGGUCUCCAAAAUUCCAAUUUUCAGGCAAGAAGAAGAAGUUUGCAGGACAAUUUCUCUGUGCACGGGAAUGCAAAGCUCGACCCUAGCAGGGCUUCUUGCAACCCAGUUCCUUGGAGGCAGUCAGGCUGUUCCACCAGCCUACUCCGUGGUCGCCAUGGCUAUCAUGGGCCUUAGUCUUGCCUCUUUCUGGGGUAAUGGUGGCCGAAUCAGGGAUCUACCGUCCCUGCUUCUCCCACAAACUGGUUCCACUGUGGAGGCUCAAUGAAGAGUGAAGCAACUCUUAAGAGCAUUUUGAGGGACUAGAACAUGCGGUAACUCUAGAUAUAAUAUCAUAUACAGAGGAGGGUAGGAGGAUAGAGAAGGCAGAAAGUAGGGGAGAGCCAAACAGAAGUAGUUAGUUGUAUAGUUAGAAGAGCUCUUUCCAUCAGCCACACCUCAAUGUUGCUACGCAUGUAUAUAGGACAAGGAGGAAGAUAUUUAACAGAUAGUUAAAGAUGGCUCACAUAUGAUAUGAGUCCUGCUUUCUUCUCUUGCCCUAUUUUCACACCAUUAUCAACUCUGAUAACAUUGCCAAAAAAAAGAAAAAAGAAAAAAGAAAAAAUCCUAAGGCAUGCUCUGAUUUGGAAGGAGUUCUUUGAUUCUGGGUCAACAAUAAACUUGGUUUAGGCAG